AUGUCUCGGGAAAUGGGAAUCUCUGUCAGAUCAAUGUCUCGUGAUGAUCCAGGAUUCCGCUCCAGCUCACAAGGCCAGGUCAACUCAGCAGUGGCUGCAAAAGAACAUUCUAGAGUUCAUCUCUGCCUCGGAUUGGCCCUCAGGCAGCCCCGAUAUCAUUCCACUAGAUUAUCGGCUUUGGUCCGAACUGGAGAGGAUGGCAUGUCACACCCUAAUUUGGAAAACCUCAAACAAUCUCUGGUCGAGCAGUUGAGCGUUUCGCUCAAGAAGUGCUGCGUGCUGCUAUUGAUGACUAACCACGGAUGUUAAAUGCCUUUGUCAUGGGAAAAGGGGGACAUUUUGAGUCAUAU